GGGGAAGGGGAGUGGCUCCUUCAGGCGGUCCAGACUAAGGAAAAGGGGAAAGCCUGCGUCGCCGAGGUUGCGUUUCUGUGUGUCUGUGCGAGGGAAGGGGCUGCUCAGCCCCGCAGCUGCCUGCCCGCUUCUUGCCUGCCUUCCUGCCGUCUCCUCUGGGCGUGCUCAGCCGGCGCCGCCGGAUGGGAGGGAGAGAAGGAGGCUGAGCGGAGCUCCGGAGAGCAGCUCUCAUCCGGCAGGGCGAUGGCCGCAGCCCCGAUCCUGGCUCUCCUGCUUCUAUCGCGGCUCUACUCCCGAGGAGACACCGCGGGGCUCGGCCGGGCGGGGGCUGGGAGCCAGCAGGAGGCGGAGAAGUUCCUUAGAAAAUAUGGCUACUUUGGCUCCAUGCAACGAGGGUUGGAUCCAGCUGAAUUCUCAGAGGCCAUUAGGGAAUUCCAGUGGGUGUACCACCUGCCCCUCAGCGGUGCCCUCGACGCCUCCACCAUCCGCCACAUGAGCCUCCCCCGAUGUGGCGUGAAUGACCUAGACAGCCGAUCCGCAUGGAAGGACCGGGUGGAUUCGAUGCUUUCGGGAAGGGCGGUCAGGAGGAGGCGUCGGAAACGGUUCUCUCAUCAGAGUGGCAAAUGGUACAAGCGACACCUGACUUACCGGUUGGUGAACUGGCCCUGGUACUUACCUGAGCAGCAGGUGCGCCAGGCAGUGAAAGCAGCCUUUGAGCUCUGGAGCAAUGUCUCCUCUUUGGUUUUCUGGGAGGCUGCCGGGGAUCCCGCUGACAUCCGCCUGACCUUCUUCCAUGGGGACCACAACGAUGGUGUGGACAACGCCUUUGAUGGACCAGGGGGCGCCCUGGCACAUGCCUUCUUCCCCCGCCGGGGCGAGGCUCACUUCGACAAUGACGAGAGGUGGUCACUGGACAGCAGAAAGGGGCGCAACCUCUUUGUGGUGGUGGCACAUGAGAUCGGCCACACGCUGGGCCUGGAGCACUCCCCUGUGCGCAGUGCCCUCAUGUCCCCUUACUACAAGAAGCUGGGCAAGGAUUUUGUCCUGAACUGGGAUGACAUCCUGUCUGUCCAGAACUUAUACGGCAAGCCUUCCCGGGGGUCUGUGGUCCAGCUCCCAGGAAAAUUAUUUGCUCACUUCCAGGACUGGAGCCAAGAUCUUGAAGGCACUGAGCACCAGGGCGGUGACCACAGUUCUCAUUACUGCUGGUCGUUCUUUGAUGCCAUAACCAUGGACUUGGAAGACAAUCUCUAUAUAUUCAAAGGCGGCCAUUACUGGAUUGUAUCCAAAGGAGGUAACGCGACUGGUCCAGUCUUGCUCCGAGCCAUGUGGCCGGGGCUCCCGUCCACCAUUGAUGCUGCAACCUUCUCUGAGGAAGAUGGGAAGUUCUAUUUCUUCAAAGGUGGCCGGUGCUGGCGCUACAAAGGCUCUUCCCUGGAUGCCGGCUUCCCCCAGAAGUGCAGCAGCACUGGGGACCUCCCCCGACACCCCGACACAGCGCUCUAUUUCCAGCCUCUCCACCAUCUGGUUCUUUUCAAAGGUCCCAAAUACUAUAUGGUGAGCGGAGAGUCCCUCCAAGUGGAGCCGUACUACCCCAGGAGCCUGAAAGAUUGGGGAGGGGUGCCUGCCAUGGCAAAUGGCGCUCUCACGCGUCCCGACGGCUUCGUUUACUUCUUCCGAAAUGACCAGUUCUGGAAAUUCAACCCAGAUACGCUGAGGGUGGUGGAAAGUGGGAAAUGGGCCUCCCAGUUAGGGUGGCUAGGUUGCCAGGAUGCGGCCCUCAACCAGGCGGUGGUCUGAGCUGCAGAAAUUUCAAUGGCUUUCAUAGCAAACUUCCCAAAGUCCAGAACUUGAUUCAGCAUUUGUGGAUCAGAUGCUUGACGGUGUUGGAAGUUGACCUUUCAUUUUGUCGCAAGCGGACUUUUGUUUCUUUUUUAAAGGAGUAGGUGAAGCCUAAGAGAAUCCCUCUUGAUGCAAAAGAAGAAGAAUAUCAGGUGCCUGACAAAUCACGACACGGAGUGGGCAGGCAAUACAGCUUCUUGCACCAUGUUGAUUGGAAGAGGACGGGUUGGCAAUCUAGCCAAUCGAGAAGCAUUAUAGGGGAGGGGGCGUGGCGGUGGGCCCUUCCAUUGGCUCUGGUAACUUAUGGCAGAGCUUUCCAAACUGUGUGUCGGCUGCAGUGUGUAGCGUGAACACUCCCCAUGCUCCUCCCGGGGCUGGAAAGGGGUUAGUUUAACCACUGGAUUGCUAGUAAAACUGAAUUACUGCAUCGCGAAAUGACGCAUGUCUAAAAAGUGUGUCACCAACAUGAAAAGUCCGGAAAGCUCUGCCGUAUGGAGACCAAGCUUCCUUUAACAGCUGCCCACACCCCAUUCAACUUCAAGCCGUCUGCUCUUCUGUCUUCCAUCUUUGUCCCAAAGCUGGUUACUGGUUACUGUGGAGUGGACAAAAAACAGGGGGAACUUCUCUUAAGAACCUGCCAAGGCUUUGGGAAAGCUAUUCCUGCUCCAAUUGCAGCAAGGGUGGAGAAAACGAGGUAGAGUUCUUUUUUAAUGAAUUUUAAUCAGUCUGAAUAGCGAGAGACAAACGAACGCAACGAGCCUUAACAAUGGCGUUGCUCCAAACUGGGCUCCUCCUCCCUCCUUCCUAGCAACAGCACCUUCCCAUAUGGUCCUCGGAUUCCGUUGUUCCUGCACUCUCAACGAAUGCCGCGUUCUGGCAGAAGGGGGGGGGAUAAGAAAUACUCUUCAGUGACAACAUGUCAUUUGGCUGCCCCUUUGCAGCCCCCCCCCUUCCAACACUGCCCAACUUCUCCGUUCAUCUAUCUCUGAGCUGUGACCUCCCUCAAAGUCCUGUUGUAAUUCAGUGCUGCCUUCCCCCUCUCCUGCAGUAUCAGGAUAAUUUUUUGGGGGGGGGCGUGAUCUCCACUCCUCCUCCUCCUCCAUCUCAUCCUCUUGAGUCCAAUUCCGGACCUAAGAAGAGCAUCCUGCAUCAGUCCAGCAUCCUGUUAUCACAUUGGCCAACCCGAUGCACCAAUGGGAAGCCCCCAAGCAGCACCCAAUCACAAGAGCACUUUUUGAGGUGAGGCGCCGCCCACCUCACAGUCCUCUCCAGGGGUCAUUUCUCCUCCGCAGCUGAGCCUUUGUGGAGUUAGUGUGGACUGACCAUCAAUGUAAAGCUUCUCCCUCAGGAUCUUGAGCUACUGAGCAUUGGCUCCUACAACUUCACGAGCUGUUCACCUGUUACCUCUCCUUGCCUGUUGGCAGUGCCUCUUUUGUGGGGGAUCACAUCUCCUUGACCCACCUAUUGCAGAACCUUGGCAUUAUUCCGUUUGGCAUUGCGGUAAUGUGUUUCCACGUGGAAAGGAAGUCACAUUCCCGCUACGGUCUUGCAACAAAUGGGUGAGGGAAAGGGCCCAGCAGAAGCGUCACAGCUGAACGCAGCAUUGAAUCUGAAGCUUCAGCAUGAACGCUCAACCUUCGUUGCCUAGUACCACACUGCCACAAACCUGUUUUCUACCUAGUACCUCAUGGGCUUUCUAGCACUUCGCUGCCUUUGGCAGUUCCAUCACAGCAACACUUCUGCAGUUUUCAACAUGUGUGCUGAGAUUGGCAGAGGGGGCCCUCUUGGUGAUUCCUGCACCCUAGAGGCUCUAGGGGGGGAGAGGGCCUUCUCUGUGGUGGCCCCUAAGCUGUGGUGCACUUUAUGCCUGCAUUAUACAGCUUUCAGAGGAUGCUGAAGACAUAGCUCUUUACUCUGGCUUUUGACACUUGAGAUAUCUAUUUUUACGACUCAUUUUAUGGUUGUAAGUUUUUUAAAUUGUUUUAAAUACUGUGUUUUAUUGCUGUAACUUGUCCUGGAAC